AUGAAUAUAAAUGGUAAGUUCCCUGGACAACCAAAUAUUCAAGCCCAGCAAAUUCUUUUACAACAAUUACAAGGCAAUCAACCUCAACCACCACAGCAACAGCAACAACAGCCACCACCCAAUUUCAAUGAGAUAGAAGGUAUGCAUUGGAGACCUAACUCCAACCAAUUUUUCCAACCUCCGCCACAUUUCCAACAAUAUCAAAAUCUGGAAAUGCCAGGCCAAGGACCUACGGGCCAAGGACCACCAGGACAAGGAGGUCCAGGAGGUCCAGGACAAGGACCACCAACACAAGGACAAAUAUCCGGACAAGCACAACCUCAAGGACAAAUGGGUCAAGGACAGCCUCCAAAUUCCGUACCUCCAGGUGUUGUACAACCAGGUCAGACACCGGUUCAAGGACAAGCUCCUCAAUUACCCAUCAUUAACCAAUAUUCCAUACCAAAAGUUAACAUCAAUGUGGAAAAUCCCAACUCCAUACAUUGGCAAUCUCAACAACAAUUAUGUCAAAUUUCAAGAUCAUCUAAUGUCCCUCAUUAUUAUGCUAGACAAUAUGCUGCUAAUUCCCGUAAAAAGAAUCCUUAUAAUGAUUUAAAAUCUGUGGGAUUAUUAGAAGCCACCAAAACUAUCAUUAAUCAAUUAGAUGAACAAGAAAAAUCUACUAAGAAAUCAAAUGCUACCCCUACUACCAAUGCAGCUUUAUUAUAUAAUAAGAAAACUGUUGGUAAUUAUGAGGAUGAUUCUUUGCAUGAAGAAGAAAGAAUGAAAUUGAAAACUGGUGGUCAACAAUUAUGGUGUCAAUUAGAUUUAAGUGGUCAAGGACUUAUGAAUUUAUCACCAAGAUUAUUUCGUUAUGAUUUCUUAGAAAGUCUUUACCUCAAUAAUAACAAAUUAACUACCAUCCCACCAAUCAUUAGUAAAUUAAGAGGAUUAAGAACAUUGGAUUUAUCACAAAAUAACAUUUCUGAAGUUCCUAGUGAUUUAGGAUUAUGUUAUAAUUUAAGAUAUCUUUAUCUUUUUGAUAAUAAUAUCAAAACUUUACCUGGAAGUUUUGGAAAUUUGAUUGAAUUAUUAUUCUUGGGUGUUGAAGGUAAUCCUUUAGAUUUCAAUUUAGCUAAUAUUUUAUCAGAAAAAGGUACCAAAGAUUUAAUCAUAUACUUAAGAGAUUUGAAACCUCCAGCAUUGAAUAAACCAAAGGCUAGACCUUGGAUUUUAUUAGAAGAUGAUGGUGAAAUCAUUGAUGAAACUUUAAAUCCUCAAGCUUAUGCUGAAGAUAAAGCAGGUUUAGAUAAUGACACUUUUACAUUAUUAUCAUACAAUACUUUAUGUCAACAUUAUGCUACUGAAAGAAUGCAUAAAUAUACUCCAAGUUGGGCAUUAAAUUGGGAAUAUAGAAGACCUUUAAUUCAAGAAGAAAUUACUAAUUUAAAUACUGAUAUUAUUUGUAUGCAAGAAGUUGAAACAAGAACUUAUCAUGAAUUUUGGGUACCUUAUAUGCAAAAACUUGGAUAUAAAGGAUUAUUCUAUAAUAAGACAAGAUCUAAAACUAUGUCAGAUAAUGAUGCUAAAAAAGUUGAUGGUUGUACAAUCUUUUAUAAAGAAAGUAAAUUUAAAUUAAUCACUAAAAUGAAUUUUGAAUAUAAUAGUGCAUGUAUGGGAUCAGAUAAAUACAAAAAGACCAAAGAUUUAUUCAAUAGAUUCAUGAAUAAAGAUCAUGUUGCUAUUAUUGCUUAUUUACAACAUAUUAAAACUGGUGAAAAAGUUUGUGUAAUCACAACACAUUUACAUUGGGAUCCAUUAUUUAAUGAUGUUAAAACAUUACAAGUUGGGGUUUUAUUAGAAGAAUUAAAAGAUGUUUUAAAGAAGUUUUUAGAAACUAAUUCUAUUGAAGAAGUUAAAAAUGCUCCAAUAGUAUUAUGUGGAGAUUUCAAUUCAACCAUUGAUAGUGCAGUUUAUCAAUUAUUUUCAACUGGAUCAGUUAAAACUCAUAAAGAUCUUGAUGGUCAUGAUUAUGGUAGAUUUACUGAUGAAGGAUUCAAAAAUAUUUUUAAAAUGAAAUCUGCUUAUAAAAAUAUUGGUGAAUUACCUUUCACUAAUUGUACACCAGAUUUUACUACUGCCAUUGAUUAUAUUUGGUAUUCUCCUGGUACUUUACAAGUUAAAGGAUUAUUAGGUAAAGUCGAUGAAGAUUAUGCUAAUCAAGUAAUUGGAUUCCCUGAUGCUUAUUUCCCAUCAGAUCAUAUUCCAAUUGUUACUAAAUUCCAAAUUAAGAAGAAUAAUUCUAAAAGACCUGAUUUCAAACCUGAUUUCAAAGGUACUUCCAGAAAGACUUAA